AUGUCGACGAUAAAACCAAGUCCUUCGAACAAUAACUUGAAAGUGAGGUCGAGACCAAGACGUAAGUCUUCCAUAGGGAAGAUCGAUCUCGGGGACACUGUACCUAGUUUGGGUACUAUGUUCGAGACAAAAGAAUCUAAAACUGCAGCUAAAAGGCGUAUGCAAAGACUAUCUGAAGUGACGAAAAAUGAUAGCGACCUAGUGAAGAAAAUCUGGUUUUCAUUCAGGGAGAUAAGUUAUCGUCACGCCUGGAUAGCUCCCUUGAUGAUUUUGAUCGCAGUGUAUAGUGCUUAUUUCACUUCUGGUAAUACCACAAAGACAAAUGUGUUACAUAGAUUUGUGGCUGUGUCAUACCAAAUAGGUGAUACGAACUCAUAUGGUAAGGGUAUUAACGAUCUAUGUUUUGUAUUUUACUACAUGAUUUUUUUCACGUUCUUACGUGAGUUUUUAAUGGACGUUGUUAUUAGGCCCUUUGCUAUUAGACUGCAUGUCACUUCCAAGCAUAGAAUAAAAAGAAUCAUGGAACAAAUGUAUGCUAUUUUCUAUACCGGCGUUUCCGGUCCUUUCGGGUUAUAUUGUAUGUACCAUUCAGAUCUAUGGUUCUUCAACACAAAGGCAAUGUACAGAACUUAUCCCGACUUUACAAAUCCUUUCUUGGUCAAGGUAUUCUAUCUGGGCCAAGCUGCAUUUUGGGCUCAACAAGCCUGCAUUCUUGUAUUGCAACUAGAAAAACCAAGGAAAGAUCAUAACGAGUUGACUUUCCAUCAUAUUGUUACUCUACUUUUGAUCUGGUCUUCAUACGUGUUCCAUUUCACUAAAAUGGGGUUGCCAAUCUAUAUUACAAUGGACGUUUCUGAUUUUCUUUUGUCCUUUUCUAAAACUCUAAAUUAUCUGGACACCGAAUUGGCUUUUUUUUCGUUUGCCAUCUUUGUCGUGGCAUGGAUUUAUUUGCGUCAUUACAUAAACUUAAAGAUUCUAUGGUCCGUUUUGACGCAAUUUCGCACCGAAGGUAAUUACGUUUUAAAUUUUGCCACUCAGCAAUAUAAAUGUUGGAUCUCCUUACCAAUUGUUUUUGUGCUAAUAGGCGCUUUACAAUUGGUGAACCUUUACUGGCUGUUCCUGAUAUUCAGAGUUCUUUAUAGGAUCUUGUGGAGAGGUAUUUUGAAGGAUGACAGAAGCGACAGUGAGUCAGACGAGGAAAGUGAUGAAAGUGCCACCACACCAACAGAAAACACACCAACGAAAAAAGAUAUUUAA